AUGCACAACUCUCUACGAAUAUCCCGAACUCUGAUAGGGUUGGGGUUCUUAUCAUUUCUCAUAGCCUUUACACCGUCUCCUGUCUCUGCCGGAGAUAGCGACUGGCUCAGUCCACCGUACAACUAUAUCUUCCAGUUUGAAUUACCUCAGGCGCCCAUUGCCAAACCCAAGACUUCCUAUUACAACAGCACCACAAAAGUUUGGAUCGACUUUUAUGAAGUAAUUAUCAAGCCGUUUCAGCAGCAAGUAUAUCCAAACCUGGGAAUAACAAAUCUGGUGGGAUAUAAUGGAACCACUCCGGGUCCAACAUUCCAUAUGACAAAGGGGAGAGAAGCACUUAUUCGUUUCGUGAAUCAAUAUGAUCGACCCUCCGCAAUCCAUCUUCACGGUUCUUACUCCAGAGCUCCCUUUGAUGGGUGGGCCGAGGAUACUAUAAGACCAACAUAUUAUAAGGACUACUAUUAUCCCAACAACCAAUCUGCAAGGACACUCUGGUAUCAUGACCAUGCGGUCCAUAUCACUGCUGUUAAUGCCUACUUUGGCCAGGCUGGAUCUUACAUCCUUUCAGACCCAGAAGAAGAAGCUAGACUUGGCUUGCCAGCAAAUAAAUAUGAUGUCACGCUUGUCCUCCAGUCCAAGGUAUACAAAUCCAACGGCGAACUACUCUCUCCCGAAAAUGAGCGGGAGAGUCUUUAUGGAGACGUAAUUCAUGUGAACGGUCAACCAUGGCCAUAUCUCAAUGUCGAGCCUCGCACUUAUCGUUUUAGAAUGUUAAAUGCAGCUAUCAGUAGGACCUUCAGAUUGACGAUAGUCGUAGACGGCCAGCAAACUGCUAUUCCUUUCUUCGUUAUAGCAUCUGACGGAGGAUAUCUAUCAAAACCCGUCCAAACAAGCCAACUUUUCAUCUCUAUGGCGGAGAGAUGGGAACUUAUUGUUGACUUUACUCCUUACGCAGGUAAGAAAAUAGUUAUCAAAAACGCCCGCGACGUUAUGGCGGAUGAAGACUAUAAUGCAACGGAUCGUGUGUUGCAAUUCCGUGUUGGAAUUACGGUUACCAAUUCGAGCAACAAUGGACCGCUUCCCGCGGAAUUGUCAAAGGUCCCCUUCCCUAAGCCAAAGAGUGGCGUAGAUAGGAGUUUCAAAUUUGAAAGAUCGAGUGGCGAGUGGCGCAUAAAUGGAGUCCCUUUCGCAAAUGUGAACAACCGUAUCUUGGCAAGACCUACACGUGGCAUGACCGAAGUCUGGGAGUUGGAAAACAGCAGUGGUGGAUGGUCUCACCCGGUCCAUAUUCAUUUAAUUGAUUUCCAAGUUAUCUCCCGUACUGGAGGACGUAAUGCUAUACAACCCUACGAAGCCGUGGCUCUCAAAGAUGUAGUACUGCUUGGGACAAAUGAGAAAGUUAGAGUAUUGGCUAAAUAUGCUCCUUGGGAUGGCGUUUACAUGUUCCACUGUCACAACUUAGUACAUGAAGACCACGACAUGAUGGCAGCUUUCAACGUAACACAGUUGGCUGAUUUUGGCUAUCCCGAAACCACAAAGUUCAUUGACCCCAUGGAAGAGAGGUGGAGAGACAAGCUUUACGAUGACAAAGCAAAAGAUCUCAGGAUAGUCGAGAGUGAAACAUUGCCAUUCUUCUCGUCUCUUGAUGCGUAUGCCCAUGUGGGGCAAAUCAAUGAUGCACUAGAUCAGUAUUUUUUGACAAGAUCUAGCAACAUCCCCACAUCCUCUACCAAGACUUCCACCAGCACCACCAAGACUUCUACCACCAAGACUUCUACCACCAAGACUUCUACCACCAAGACUUCUACCACCAAGACUUCUACCACCAAGACUUCUACCACCAAGACUUCUACCACCAAGACUUCUACCACCAAGACUUCUACCACCAAGACUUCUACCACCAAGACUUCUACCACCAAGACUUCCACAUCCUCCGCCAAGAUUUCUACAACAAAGAGCUCUGGUUGA